CGCGGGGCUGUUCACGUUCUCCCCGCUCAGCCUCCCGCCACCCGGGGAGCGCCGACACCACCACCGGCACCACGCCGAGCCCGCCGGCCACAAGGCGAGGCGCGGCAGCCCCGCGGACGGCGCGGCGGGGCGGCCCAGCCAGCGAGAAACUCCAGAUGAAAAUGGCAAAACCCAGCGAGCUGACAGUCUUAUUAUGAAAAGAUAAAGAAAAAAAAGAAAAAGAAACACCGGGAAGAUGUGAGGGGAAAACGCCUGAAGAUGUACAACAAAGAGGUGCAGACAGUGUGUGCUGGGCUCACUCGCAUUGACAAGGAGACUCUGUCUCAAGGACAGUGUGACAACCUGGAAAUGAACAAGGAAUCCUUCAGGUACCUGAAGGAUGAGCAGCUGUGCAGACUGAACUUGGGCAUGCAGGAAUACCGGGUACCCCAGGGAGUACAGACCCCCUUUGUGACACACCAGGAGCACUCUGUCCGCAGCAGCUUCCUGAAGACUGGCACUAAAUUCAGUAACUUCAUUCACGAGGAGCACCAGUCCAAUGGAGGUGCCCUGGUCCUGCAUGCCUACAUGGAUGAACUCUCAUUUUUGUCUCCAGUGGAGAUGGAGAGAUUUGCAGAAGAGUUUCUUGCGUUGUCAUUCAGUGAAAAUGAUAAAAAUGCAGCUUACUAUGCUUUAGCCAUAGUGCAUGGAGCAGCUGCCUAUUUACCAGACUUCCUGGAUUACUUUGCUUUUAACUUUCCAAACACUCCAGUGAAAAUGGAAAUUUUGGGCAAGAAGGACAUUGAAACAACAACAAUUUCAAAUUUUCACUCUCAGGUCAAUCGGACGUACUGCUGUGGCACCUACAGAGCAGGACCCAUGCGCCAGAUCAGCCUGGUAGGAGCAGUGGAUGAAGAAGUGGGGGACUACUUCCCAGAAUUCCUAGAUAUGUUGGAAGAAUCUCCAUUUCUCAGAAUGACCCUGCCCUGGGGGACUCUUUCCAGUCUCAGACUGCAGUGCAGGUCCCAGAGUGAUGAUGGGCCCAUCAUGUGGGUGAGGCCAGGAGAGCAGAUGAUCCCCACAGCUGAUAUGCCAAAAUCACCCUUCAAACGGCGCCGGUCCAUGAACGAGAUCAAGAACCUGCAGUACCUACCUCGGACCAGCGAGCCCCGCGAGGUCCUGUUCGAGGACAGGACCCGAGCUCACGCUGACCACGUGGGGCAGGGCUUUGACUGGCAGAGCACAGCUGCUGUUGGGGUGCUCAAGGCUGUGCAGUUUGGGGAAUGGAGUGACCAGCCUCGUAUAACCAAAGAUGUGGUUUGUUUUCAUGCUGAAGACUUCACUGAUGUUGUGCAGAGACUUCAGCUGGACCUGCAUGAACCUCCAGUGUCACAGAUCGGGGCCUACGACCAGCAGAUAUGGGAGAAGGCCGUGGAGCAGACCCAGAUGAAGGUACCGGCGGCGGGGGGAGGACGGGCGGGCCCCGCGCCUCUCGCCGCUAACUCGGCCGUGUAUUCCGCCCCGCAGGGCUUCAAGAACAAGCCGAAGAAAAAGGGGCACAUCCAGCCCGAUCUGAUCGACGUGGAUCUGAUCAGUGGCUCUACCUUUGCCAAAGCCAAGCCUGAAAUUCCCUGGACAUCACUGACAAGGAAGGGAAUUGUGAGAGUGGUGUUUUUCCCCUUGUUCAGCCAGUGGUGGAUACAGGUCACUUCCCAGCGCAUUUUUAUGUGGCUCUUGGUGCUCUACGUUAUGCAAGUGGUAGCAGUGGUGCUGUACUUCACGGUGCCUGUUGUGAGUGCCAGUGAGGUGAUGGGACCCCUGUGCCUUAUGCUGCUACUGGGGACAGUUCACUGCCAGAUCGUGUCCACGCAGGUGAACAGAGCUGCAGGGAGCAACGGGCUCAGCCGGCGCCGCAGGAAGUUACGCAAGGCUGUGGGUGUGGAUGGGAACAGUUGGUGUUCUCCUGACAGAACCAGCAAGGAAGAGCAGCCUGGCUCUGCAACUCUGCUGACCAAUUUAUCCAGUCUGCUCUUCCAGAGGAGGAAUAGAAGAGUAAAGCUGGUAGCUGAGAAAGGGACUGAGACAGAAAGUGGUGUGAGUGCAAUGGGUGAUGGCAUCAAAGCCAGACAGGCCAGAUCUGAACACAGGCUGCUGCACUCCAAAGAGAAAAGUAAACUUUCUGAUGGGGAGAAGAGCCAGCAGGAGGAUGGCACCAACAGGGACGGUGCCUCUGACGAGCUGUCGAGCGAGGAGGAUGCUGAGGAGGCCGAGGCCCUGGCACAGAGGCUCCUGCCACGCCCCAGCAUGGAAGGGGCUUCCAGUGACAACAGUUAUGAGGAAAAGAAGAAGAGGCCUCUGGUUUCUCUCAACCAGGCUGUCUCACAGGUCAAGCAAGCCCUGAAAGCUGCCAGAGACUCUGACAGUGUUGUGGAGUCUGAGCUGGAAUCCACAUUAUACAGGCAGGACCCCCGGUCGUGCCUGAGCGUGGCGCCCCGGAGCUGCGGCGGGAGCCGGCGGGACUCGGAGAGCACCCGGCAGGACUCGGAGACCGAGGACAUGCUGUGGGACGAUCUCCUGCACGGCCCCGAGUGCCGCUCCUCGGGCACCAGCGACAGCGAGGAGCGCUCCCGCAGGGACUCCCGCAGGGACCCCAAGGAGGACGUCUUCCAGCAGAACCAUCUGUUUUGGCUGCAGAACACCAGCCCAGCAUCUGCCAAAGUGAGUGCUCUGAUCUGGGAAGGGAAUGACUGCAAGAAGGUGGACAUGUCCGUGCUGGAGAUCAGUGGGAUUAUCAUGAGCAGGGUUAAUGCCCACCAGCAAGGAGUGGGGUAUCAAAUGCUGGGAAACAUCAUCACCAUCGGAUUGGCCUUCCUGCCAUUCCUCUACAGACUGUUCCGCACAGAUAACCUGGAGCAGCUCUGCUCCAUUUCUCUGAUGGAGCUUCUGCACAUCUUCUGUGGAGCCCCUAUCAGUGCCCCUGUGCUCAUCCUGUCUGCCAUCAACUUUCUGGAAAGGCUGUGCUUAACCUGGAUGUUUUUCUUCAUGAUGUGUGUUGCUGAGAGAACCUACAAACAGAGGUUUUUGUUUGCCAAGCUCUUCAGUCACAUCACAUCUGCUCGGAAAGCCAGGAAAUACGAAAUCCCUCACUUCAGGCUCAAGAAGGUGGAGAACAUCAAGAUCUGGUUAUCCCUUCGCUCCUACCUGAAGAGACGAGGCCCCCAGAGGUCUGUGGAUGUUGUGGUGUCCUCAGUCUUUUUACUGGCUCUUUCAAUUGCUUUUAUCUGCUGUGCCCAGGUUCUUAAGGGUCACAAAACCUUUCUGAGUGCAGCUUACAACUGGGAGUUCCUGAUGUGGGAGGCAGCACUGCUCCUCUUCCUGCUACGUCUGGCAUCUCUGGGCUCUGAGACCAACAAGAAGUACAGCAACAUUUCCAUCCUGCUCACUGAGCAGAUAAACUUGUACCUGAAGAUGGAGAAGAAGCCAAACAAGAAGGAGCAGCUGUCUCUGGUGAACAAUGUGCUGAAACUGUCCACCAAGCUGCUGAAGGAAUUGGAUAGUCCAUUCAGGCUGUAUGGGCUGACCAUGAACCCACUGAUCUACAACAUCACACGGGUUGUCAUCCUCUCUGCUGUCUCAGGAGUGAUCAGUGACCUGCUGGGAUUCAACAUCAGAUUAUGGAAAAUUAAACCAUGAAAUGGCAGAACAUCAGCCCUGGGGAUCUCCACCAGCCACCAGAGAAGAGAACCAGCAGUGUGGGCAGAAAGAAGAAAACUGACAGAAAUCUGUAAUUCCAAUUUUUAAACAGAUUCCCAAUGCGUGCAUCAGAAGUUUUCUUUCUGCUUUACUGCUCUACAACAUCCAGAGUGAACUGGUCUCAUCAGUGAUGUCAUCCCAUGGCAUGCACAGAAAAUCUGGAUUCAUGGGGCCCAAUGCUGGCAGCUGGCACUGAACCAGCAGGAGCUGGUGUGGGACAUCAAACACUAAAGCCAUACAAGAGCUGCAGCUGGGGCACACCAGUGGCUGUGCCUGGGGCCACGUGUCUGUAAAACCUGCACCCUGGGCAUGUGGCAAGGAGGGACUCAGCCCUCCUGGCCCAGUCAGCCUUCCUGGGGCUGCACUGGAAUAUUCCAGGUUGAGAAUCCUUUGCUGCACUGACCUGGCUGUGCUGAAGAGCUUUUCUUUCCUGAGAGCUCUGUGUGCUCAAGGCUUUGCCUCCAUCCUGAAGCACCUCAGGAUGCACCAGGUGAAUUCCCCUUCCCUGCUGACAAUCCAGCAGCACCCAAAUCCUGCUGGGGGCUUGAGCUGGGGCUGCUGCAAAGAAAUCAUUGAGGACGGUGGUUACAGGAGAAAAACCUUUCAACACACACUACAGGCAAAGUGUUCAUGAGCUGGAGAAUGUUUUGUCACAUCUCUUCCCUGGAAUACUCAGCUCCAUCCUGUCCUGGCUGUGCCAGCAGCUCUGCUCCAUGGUGUGAGCAGCUGUUGCAGCCCAGCAGUGCAAUAGAGCCUCACCCUGGACACCUGGGGAGGAAAUCUGGGGGGAAAAACCAGCUUUGACAAAGACUUCCUCAGAUUCAUGUUUAGAAAGGUCAUGGAGAGCAGGAAAACAUUUGAAGGCUUCUGUAACAUUUCCCUUCACUGGCUCCAGUGGCUUCUAUUUAUUGUAGUGAAAGGAACAAAAACUGAGGAACUUCUCAUUCCUUCACAGGAGGGUGAAAUGGCAGAGGAAUAUUUGGUAGUAAAUUGUUUACAGCUAUUUUCUGUGCAAGGAAAGGUUGGGAGAUGUAAAAGGAGGUGACAUUUUUAUAUAGCAAAAUGUGCAAAUAAACCUGCAGGACAAGCACUUCAUCAUCA